AUGGACCUAGUAAUAAUGAAUUUUGUAUUCCUACUAUAUUUAACCUCAGUUGUGAAAUGUUCUAUCAAGUUGGACUUCAACAAAGUCCUGACACCAUCCAAAUACACAAAAAGAGAUGCCUUGCCAAUGCCUCUUAUCAACGACAAGAUCUUAUACACUACAGAAUUGGAGAUCGGUUCGAAUAAGGAUAAAGUUUCGGUGUCAAUAGAUACCGGUUCUUAUGACUUGUGGGUCAUGAGUAAUGAUGCCGUUUGUUACAAGGUAUCAGAGUUUCAAACUGAAGGUGCACCCCAAUUACCUGAUAUUUUCAACGAUAUCGAUCAAGACUAUUCUUGUACAUUCAAUGGGACAUACAAUUCCAAGAGUUCAAAAACAUUUAAAAAUACGUCAGAAGACUUUUCCAUUGGUUAUGUAGAUGGAUCUGCUGCUCAAGGUGUAUGGGGUUAUGACAGUGUUCAAUUUGGACAAUAUGGCGUAACUGGUUUGAAAAUAGGAAUUGCCAAUAGAUCGAGUGUAUCUGAUGGUAUUUUGGGGAUUGGAAUAGCAAAUGGUUAUGACAAUUUUCCUGUCUUAUUACAAAAGCAGGGGUUGAUUAAUAAGAUCGCCUAUUCUGUCUAUUUGAACUCGUCAAAUUCCACCACUGGUACAAUAUUAUUUGGUGCUAUCGAUCAUGCAAAGUACAAGGGGGCAUUGAGUACAGUCCCCGUUGAUUCCAAAAGUCAGCUUUCAGUGAAUGUGACGAAUUUGAAGACCAAAAACGGAAAUGUUGCUUCUGGUGGUCAUUCGAUUCUAUUGGAUACCGGGUCUACUUUUUCAAUUUUCCCUGAUGAAUGGAUUGAUGCUCUUGGCCACUCUUUAAAUGCAACGUACGAUGAAGAUGAGUCAGUUUACGAAAUUGAAUGUGAUGGCUAUGAUGAGCAUUUCUUUGGGUUUUCGAUAGGCGAUUCAGAUUUUUCGGUCCCCAUUCAAGAUCUCAAGACUGAAAAGGACGGUCAAUGCUAUUUGGCAAUUAUGAGCAAUUCCGUUAUUGGUGGUGGUGGCAUUCUUUUUGGUGACGAUAUAUUGAGACAGAUCUACCUCGUUUAUGAUUUGCAGGACAUGACCAUUUCGGUUGCACCAGUGGUUUAUACAGAAGACGAAGAUAUUGAAGAGAUUUUAAACCCCAAUGAAGAUCAAAACGAGGUUCCAACAAGUACUUCAUUUACACAAUCUGCAUCUAGUUCUGGGUCCCAACCCAGUUCAACCAUUAGUGGUGAGAACAUGGACAAGAACACUACUAGCAGUUCCAGUGGCAAUUGCCAAACACGUUCAUGGAUCGCCAUAUUGAGUGCAUUAUUCCUCGUGUAUAUACAUAUUAUAUAG